AAUACAAUAUACAAUAAUUACUUUACAAGUGCAUUGCGUAUAUAACAAUUAAUAAGUAGCAAUUUUAAGAUUGUGGUAUUGUGGGCUGCCUACCUGUCAAAAAUUAAAUUUAUUUAUGAAUGUGACAUAUUUAGCCUCAUAUUAGGCAUAUGCUUAAGUUUUACAUUGAUAAAGUGGUCAUUUAGACAUCAAAUGGACAAAGGAAAGCAAACUAACAUCUCAUCUAAAGGGGGCAAAGUGGACGGUGAUGGUUUGACAAAGAAAGAACGCCGGGCCUUAAAGGUGCAGGAGAAGAAUAAACCACAAUCUUUUGAUAACAAAAAAGAGGUCCAAAUUGUCCCUCAGAUAAAGCCCGAACCUCCGAAGCCCGCCAAUGGUGCCCCAGGUCAGCUCAGCGAAAAAGAAUUGAGGCGUUUGGAAUGGGAGAAAAAGCUUGCAGAACAAAAAUCUAAAACCGAGAAACCUGAAAAUGAGAAUUUAAGCAAAGCGGAGCUGAAGGCGAGACGACGGGAGCAACAAGAGGCACAAAGACUCGCCAAACAACAACAAAAACCCCCUGAAAAAUCUGUAGAAGUUAAAAAAGUUGCACCUUCACCGAUAAAGCAGGAAAAAGUCGAGAAAAAGAAAAUUUCAGAUUCUAGAAGACUCCAGAUUGUGAGUCACUUAUAUUCUGAUGCAACUUUUGGUAAUGCAAUUAUUUACAAAAAUGUUCAUCCAGCGUUUGUAAGACUUGGAGUACAAUACUCGACGAAAAAGAUCCUAGGGUCAAAUGCUCGCGCUCAGGCGCUUCUAGCCGCUGUUAAAUGUCUGAUAAAUGAUCUACAAACACCCCCAAAACAGGAAUUUUGUCGGUAUUUAGAAAUUGUGCUUCAGACUUGUGUUGACUAUUUGCAGCUUUGUCGCCCCCUUGCCGUAUCUAUGACUAACGCUUUAAGGCAUUUUAAAACGAAACUUCACCAAGUUGAGUGUCUUGAAGACAAUAUAAAGAAGGAAACACUUUUGGAGGAUAUUGAGACGUAUAUUGCGGAAGAAAUUAACAAAGCCGGUGAAGCGAUAAGUCUGAAAGUCAAUGAGAAAAUCAGCAACGGGGACGUUAUUCUCACUUACGGCUGCUCAUCUCUUGUUACCAAAAUCUUAAAGGAUGCCCAUUUGGCGGGUAAACAAUUCAAAGUUGUAGUAAUUGACGGCCGCCCCCUUCUUGAAGGUCGCACAAUGUUACAACGUCUGGUCCAAAUUGGAAUCAACUGUACUUAUGUCCAAAUGAACGCAAUUAGUUAUGUAAUGAACCAAGCCACUAAGUUACUCCUGGGGGCUCACGCUUUACUCACAAACGGCUAUGUAAUGUCCCGUAUUGGCACCGCACAAGUAGCUUUAGUGGCUCAAGCUUACAAUAAACCGGUUUUGGUUUGUUGUGAAACUUACAAAUUUAGCGAGCAAGUUUUAACUGAUUCUUUUGUGUAUAAUGAAUUAGGUGAGCCUGAAAUGUUAUUUACCGCAAAUACACUUGAUGAAAGUAGUCCCCUUGUUACGUCAAGAAAUGAAAAUUUACAGAUUCUGAAUUUGUUGUACGAUGUUACCCCACCGGAUUUGAUUACUGCGGUUGUUACAGAAUUGGCAAUCUUACCUUGUACCAGCGCUCCGGUUGUUUUAAGGAUUAAGCCCUAAAAUUCUAUUUUAAAUGUAAUAAAUGGUAAAAUGAC